UCGAAGAAAUGUAUGUAAAUUUAUUAUUCAAUAUUCAACAAUGAAAAUGGAGCAUAGAAAUAUAAGAAGGAUUGUUUCUACAACAUUAUCUCGUAUUGGAUUUCAUGUCGGUUGUUAUCCUCAAAUAUAUGUUGCAGUUUCUUUUAUAACGUCACUCGUUUUAGCAACCGGACUGUUAAAUAUUCCGCUACAGAAGGAUGUAGAAUAUCUUUACAUUCCAUCCAAUGCAAAAAGCAUGAUCGACAGAGCUGCUAUUGAAUCGAUUUUUCCAACCAACAUGUCACAGUGCGAUUAUAGAAGAACAACAAGGUUUGAAGCAUUCGCAACAACACUAGUUACGCCUGGAAACGGAACUUCUGUAUUGGAGGAAUCAAUAAUCGAAGAUGUCAUCAAACUUGACGAAAUUAUUCAAAAUGUCACCAUACUUUGGAAUAACACAUUCAUACGUUACUCAGAUUUGUGUUGUAAGAUGGACGGGAAUAUUUGCCAUAAAAAUUUUGCUUUGACUUUGAAAGGAAAAACAAAUGAUAUCAAGAAAGCAAAAUACGACAUCAAAUAUCCAGUUGACAUCUUCCAGGACACAUUAAUAAUGUCUGCUGUUGAAUUCGGAGGAGUGACUUUAAAUGAGAAAAACAUGAUUCGAGAUUCUAAGGCAAUUAGAUUGGUUUAUGCAUUGGACCGCACCACUAAAGAGAAGACGCAAAUGGCACUGAAAUGGGAACAGACGUGUUUAGAUGCAUUAUCAAACAUUAAAUUAAACAAUAUUAAAAUAUCUAAAAUGUUCAGUCAUUCUGUUAAUAAUGAAAUUAACCGGAUUGGUGAAAGUGGAUUGCCUCUUAUUUUGAUUAUUGCUCCAAUUAUGCUGGUAUUUUCAGCAGUUUCUUGCAUGUCAACUGAUUCACUCAGUAGCAAACCGUGGUUGGGUAUUGCUGGAUGCGUAUCACCAUCCUUAGCAACAGUUGCAGCAUUUGGUCUACUGUGUUACUGUAGAAUAGAUUACACAUCAACUAAUGUAUUAAUCUUAUUUCUGAUUUCAGGUAUUGGUGUGGACGAUGCAUUUAUAUUGAUAGCAGCGUGGAGAAGAACUGACGUUAACGCUUCUGUACAUGACAGAAUGAAAAACGCUUAUGCCGAAGCUGCAGUGUCCAUCACGAUUACAUCUCUGACAAAUUUUCUUGCAUUCUGCGUUGGAUUUGUAACACCAUACAAAUGUAUCCAAAUAAUGUGUACAUAUUCAGUUCUAGCAAUAGUCUUUGACUAUAUUUAUCAGUUAUUGUUUUUCGGAGGACUCAUGGCUCUCGAUGGAUAUAGAGAGAAGAAUAAGCUGCAUUCCGUUUUUUGCUGGCCGAUCAAUUGCGUUCAUCUAAAACUUGAAGACCGACUACAAGUGAUAUCAAAACAGAAUAACAAAGAAAAUGUUUUCAUGGUAUUCUUCAGUAAUGUUUUAGGCGAAAUUCUUGGAAAAUCAAUUAGCAAACUUAUUGUGAUCAUCUUGUUUAUAAUUUAUGUAGGUGUUGCAGUAUACUGUAUGAAAUUCAUUCGAGAAGGAGAUGAUUUUAGUAAACUCUAUCCUUACUCUUCUUACGCAACUGAAUAUCUAAGCCUAGAAUAUAAAUAUUUUUUUAAUUAUAGUCAUCAAGUGCAAAUAGUCAUUAACCAGACAUUAGACUAUUCCAAUGUCACUGUUCAAGAUGGCAUAGAAGAUCUCCUGCAAAGUUUCGAGUCUGCUUCAUUUAUAUCGGAUUCGUCGACCACAGAAAGUUGGCUGAGAGAAUUUCUGGCAUUUACUAAAUCUCCAGUCGCGAAGUUUUCGCUUUCUGGUUACAAUCUGAGUGAUUCCGAAGACUUUUUGAAUGCAUUUCAAGAUAUUUUCUUAAAAGUUAAAGUGGCAAAUAGGUUUAUAAAUGAUGUUGUCUUUAACGAAGAAGGUAUUGGUGUGGACGAUGCAUUUAUAUUGAUAGCAGCGUGGAGAAGAACUGACGUUAACGCUUCUGUACAUGACAGAAUGAAAAACGCUUAUGCCGAAGCUGCAGUGUCCAUCACGAUUACAUCUCUGACAAAUUUUCUUGCAUUCUGCGUUGGAUUUGUAACACCAUACAAAUGUAUUCAUAUAUUCAGCGCGUACGCCGCUUUAGCAAUAGUCUUUGACUAUAUUUAUCAGUUAUUGUUUUUCGGAGGACUCAUGGCUCUCGAUGGAUACAGAGAGAAGAAUAAGCUGCAUUCCGCUUUUUGCUGGCCGAUCAAUCGCACUCAUCUAAAACUUGAAAAACCGACUACAAGUGAUAUCAAAACAGAAUAA